GAGCAGAUGGCAGGAGUCAGAUAAAAAGGUGUUUGGCGCGGGGGAGCGAGCUAUUUGAGACGGGGACAGGGGACACAUGAUGCCGCGCACCGGGACCAUCCAGAGCUCCAGGCUGCUCAGCGGGGCGCUGCUCUGCGCGCUGCUGCUGCUGCUCUCCAGCGUCGCCGCGGCCGAGGUGGUGGACGCCGAGUCGGAAGAGGAGCUGAGCCCCAGAGCGCUGCGGGACUUUUACCCCAAAGGUCCGAACCUGACCAGCGAGAAGCAGCUGCUCGGAGCUCUCCAAGAAGUUCUUGAAAAGCUGCAGGCUAAACGACUUCCUCUGUGGGAGAAGAAAUUCGGCCAAGUCCCGACGUGUGAUGUCGGGGAGCAGUGCGCCGUGAGGAAAGGCGCGCGGAUCGGGAAGAUGUGCGACUGUCCCCGGGGAGCUUUCUGCAACUUUUUCCUGCUGAAGUGCUUAUGAGCCUCGCCGGAUCUGAAUGUAGCUGCUGCUUGGUGCGGAGAGGAGAAGAAGAAGAAGAAGAAGAAGAAGAAGAAAGAAAAAAAACUGUCACUUGAUUCCUUUGUACAGUAAUUAUUUAGUUAUAUUUUUUAUGAUGCAGCUGAGGAGCAGGCGCGGUGACUGCCCGACCCAAACGAAUACUAUAGUAGUUCAAUAUGAGCAGGGCCAGUAGAAACACUGAGGUCAUACCCCUCCACCUGCACCUCCACCUGCACCUCCACCUGCACCUCCACCUCCACCUGCACCUGCACCUGCACCUGCACCUGCACCUGCACCUGUUGUAUAACUCAAUGCAUUUCUUUGCAUUUUGACUGGACCAAUAAUCACUUAUAGAGAAUAAUGUCACUGCAGCACAUUGAUGGAAACUGGACUCAAAUUCCAACAGAAGAAGAAGAAGAAGAAGAAGAUAAGUAACAACUGACUUAAAUGUAUUAAACUUAAUAAUCUGCUACUCUCGAUAAUAAACAUGUCAUAAUAACAUCAUUAAUACAUCUAUUUUAGUUCAGUAGAUUAAGUUCAGUAAUUUCACUGUUCAGAGACAAUUAAAUGAUGAAUAAAUCAUUUGUUAAUGUUAAAAAUAUCAGUUGUAACUCUUUAAUAAUGUCCAAAUAAUGUUUAUAAAUGAGCUACACUGUAAUUUUGAACAUCAGUUGCAACUUGCCAACAAACAACUGUGAAUAAAUAGAUUAUAAAGCAUUUAAUUGCUUGUUAACAGUGAAAUAACUCAAAAACUAAAGUUUGAUUAGCUUUACAUUUGUUUAUUUGAAUGAUAUGACAGAUAUUUUAAGGUGUGGGAUGACCUCAGUGUCCUGGUAGCUGCGGCCCUGUGUACGAUACGUAAUAAAACAUAUUAUAUCACAUAAAAGUGAAAGUCUCUGCAGGAUAUUAUGGUGACAGACAGGAGAUGAGAACACCACAAAGAACCAUGACGUUCCUGUAAAUAUUCAGAUCCACUUUAUGUCUGUGAAACCACAAAAAAAAACAUAGUUGUGAUGUAAUAGGAGCUGAGAAAUAACCCACAAUGCACAGCAAACUCACACACACACACACACACACACACACACACACACACACACACACACACACACACACACACACACACACACACACACACA